CAACAAUCAUUCUCUUCUUUACCCCCAAAACUUCUCGAAUCCCUCAAAAUCAAAAUCCCUAAUUUCACAAAAACUCAAAAAGUCUCAGACUUUCGAUUCGUUCGUGCUCUCUAAAUAACAAUGGUGAAGAAACGAAAAUCCGAAGCCACGCAGCUCGACGAGGUCGACCGAACCAUGUACGGCGCGUUUCGAGGCGCUGCUAAUUCGCUUUCUCAGCUCUAUACACAUGCCAUGAACCACCAACGCGUGUCUUUCCUCGCUGGUGAACGUCGUGGCUUGGAGAAGCUUUACCAAUGGAUUGUGAGACAAGAAGAGCAAGGAACAAGAGUAUCCACACAUGAUAUUACUACCUACUUACAGAAUGAGCUUGAAUAUGAGCCUGAGGAGACAUCAAUACCACCACCCAUGCAAGAGUUUCAUCAGACCCACCAAUUCGCUCCACCAAACAUACACACUUCAACACCUCAUCCCCCUUCAAGCCACAUAGCACAACACUAUGAUUAUAACCAAGAGAAACUCUUGACUCAACCAAAUGGUCUCUCCAGUCCUGUUAGAAGAACCCUUCAAGGCUUCAACUUGUGUGAGGCUGAGCCUGAUAACAACAAUCCAAACUCUAGAGACCAGGGGUUUAUUUAACUGAUUAUCUUUUGUUUCAUUUUGGCAACAAUUAAAACCAAAAAAAAAUCAAAUUGUAAAGUCUCAAUUGUUUCUGGUAUUGUCUCAUAUAAUACAAAAAUCUUUGGAUGACAUCUGAUAGCGAUUUUGUCUAAGAGACGGCGAUAUUUGGUAAUUUCAUGUCUU